GGACAGUGAAAUGGUGGCUGCUUGUACAAAAACAGCAGCAGCACCAUUAGCAACUGAGCAGCUACAGACGCAUUUACAGUAUCAGCCAAGACUGAAAGCCUAGAAGAACCAAAGUCCAAGAUUCAGACCCAUCUAUGGCAGAAAAACAGCAGAUCAAAGUGACUGCGGUCAAAGUGCUGUGCUAUGUGGAGAAAAUCUCCUCCUUCGCCUCAAACAUAGAUCCUCUCUUUGGGAUUGUGACUUCAGUGGUCGGGGUGGUCAGGAAAGGCCUCGUAGAUGAGGAGGACCAUGAGAUGGACAAGGACUUCAAACAGAUCCAUGAGAAGCUGGAAACCAUCUCGGAGAAGAACAAGCAGACCCUGCGGCAGAUCCGCAUCAACGAAAUCAACGAGAAUUAUGGUAAACACGAGGAAGUCAUCAAGCAUCAGUACAACGCUUUCAUCACCAUGGUGCAAAGAGUAAAACUGGACCCUGAGAACUCGGAUCGUUACAUGGAGGAGUUUGUGAAGAUCUACGAGAAGGAUGAGAUGGACAUGAGCUUAGAUUUGUAUUACCGUGGUGUGAAAGGUUCCGCUUUGUUUGGGAGGCCCAUCCUGCAGGUUUACCUGGAGAACUGCCAAAGAAACAAAAAGGUGAUGGAGGCUCGCUGCUCUCACAUCGCCCACCUGUUCUACAUCGGUCUAAUGGCACUGAUGGCCUACUACACCGUCAGUGAAGAUGACGAGGAUGAAGUGAGAGAAAAAUGGGCCCCGAGGGUCAUUGAAAUUCAAGCCAAGAUGCAAGAAGUCCUGGACCAAUGCACUGAGGAAAACUGAAGUGGGAACAUUUCACUGAACGAUUGCGGAGACAAUCCACUUCAUAUGCUGAAAGUUUAAGGGUCGUGAGUAAUCUUGAAUUAGGAAGUUUAAAUAAAUCGUGUGGGGUGUAAAAUGGGUGAAUCUUUUCCUGCUUGCCAAUGGACUUUUCAAUGCAAUACUAAAGUAGUGCAAAGUUCUUAACACUGUAUAUCGCAGUUAAAA